GAUAUUUUGCAGCAACCACUGAUCUAUUUCCACCUUACCAUUGUCCUCCUUAUCACCUGGACACACAAAGAGCAUGUGAGCUGUGUGGGCUCGACCACUGCAGACAAAUUGUACUCCUGCAGUGAGGAUCACCAGAUCCAAAGAUAGAACCUGCUGACCAGUGAGAUCAGCCUGGUGGUGAAGGUGCUGGAGGACCUCUUCCCCAUUGACCUGCACUGGGUCCCCAAGACGGUGGGAGGCAAGAAGCACAUCCAGGCCGAGAUCUUUGUGCUCACCAGUACUGACGGUAAGUUCCGCCUGGCCUCUAAGACGGGCCGUAUUGAGAAGAGUGCAGAGGCCCACAAAGGAGCUGUAUUAGCCGAGAACAACGACGGGACCGCUCUCAUCACAGCUGGGGAGGACUGGCACGUCAAGUUCUGGUCUAAGAGUGGCAUGCUGAGGUCCACCUUGGCCAGGUCAGGGUCUCCUGUAUACUCGGUGGCCUGGAGCCCGGACUCUGAUAGGAUCCUGUACACGUUAGGCAGACUGCUGAUAAUCAGGCCCCUGCAACCCAGCGCCAAGGUCCUACAGUGGAAGUCCCAUGAUGGGAUCAUUCUGAAGGUGGACUGGAACUCUGUGAAUGACCUGAUACUGUCAAGUGGAGAGGACUGUAAAUACAAGGUGUGGGACAGCUAUGGUCGUCUGCUCUACACGUCCUCGUCACAUGACUACCCUGUGACCUCCAUGUCCUGGUCUCCAGAUGGGGAGGUGUUCGCAAGUGGAUCCUUCAACAGCCUGCAUCUCUGUGACAAGCCCGGGUGGUCGUAUGCGUUGGAGAAGCCUAACUGGUCAGCAGACGGCACGCAGCUCACGAGGGCUUGUGGGAAAGGACACGUCAUCUUCGCCUACGUGGUGGAGCAGCGCUGGAAGUGGAGGAGCUUCGAGAUCACCCUCACCAAGAGGAGGACGAUGCAGGUGAGGAACGUGGUGAAUGAUGGGGAUGUUCUGGAGUUCAGGGACCAGGUCAUCAAAGCCUCUCUGGCCCACGGUCACCUGGUGGUCACCACCGCUCUCCAGUGUAAGAACUGGAACCAUCCUCUCAUCUUUGACCUGAAGGAGGGAACCAUCAGCCUCAUUGUACAGGCUGAGAAACACUUCCUGUUGGUGGAUGGAACGGGGGUCUAUGUGUUCUCCUACGAGGGCCGUCUCAUCUCCACGCCCAGAUUCCCCGGCAUGAGAACGGACAUCCUCAAUGCCCAGUCAGUCUCCCUUAGCAACGACACCAUCGCCUUCCGGGACAAGAGCGAUGAGAAGGUCAUCUUUCUGUUUGAUGCCCUGACGGGGAAAGCCCUGGGUGAAGGGAAGCCCCUGACUGACAAGAUGGAGGUGGUGGAGAUAGCUCUGGACCAGUGUGGCCCGUCCAGCGAGAGGAAGAUCGCAGUCAUAGACAAGAACCGUGACCUGUAUCUGACCGCUGUCCAUCGCCUUAACAAAGAACACAACAUCUGCAAGAUAGGUACUGUGGUCCACACUAUGUCCUGGAACGACUCCUCUAACAUCCUGUGUGGUAUUCAGGACACACAGUUCACUGUGUGGCACUAUCCCAGUGCGGUCUUCACGGACCUGCUGGCUAAAACACUCUACAUGAAAGACGCCAGGUAA